AUGGUGCCAAUAAGGAAGCUGAAGCUAGCUGACUUUUCCAUUUCCCCAUCCAUCAGGGCUGCCUAUAAAGAGCUGGGGAGACGGCCUCUCACUAAAGAAGGACGCAGGCAGCAGCGAGAGCCCAGUCCCACACUCAAGGCCACACUCUGUCUGCUCAGCGUCACGAAGGUGCCCGCAGCUGCCCUCGCCGUCCUCCUCUGCAGCCAGGUCUUCUCGGCACCAUUUGAGGCUGACACCCGAACGGCCUGCUGCUUCUCCUAUACUGCCUGGUAGCUUCCUUGCAAAUUCGUAGCUGACUAUUUUGAGACCAGCAGCCAGUGCUCCAAGCCCGGUGUCAUCUCCCAAACCAAAAGAGGCCGGCAGCUCUGUGCCAACCCCAGUGAGCACUGGGUCCAGAAAUACAUCACCAACCUGGAGCUGAAUGCCUGA